AUGCUGAUUGUACUUAUAAGUCAUCCAAAUAUUGAUAAAGCUGCUGCUGCACUUGAUGUUUCAAUUGGUAGUUUAGCUAAUCCACGAGAUGUUCCUGGUAUUGCACAUUUUUUUGAACAUAUGCUAUUUAUAGGUAGUGAAAGUGAAUAUAAAAAACUCAUAAAAGGUAAUGGUGGUUACUCAAAUGCAUUUACUUGUAGUGAUCAUACAAAUUAUUAUUUUGAUAUUAAUCCGAGUUUAUUAUCAGAUGCACUUGAUAUUUUUGCUCAAUUUUUUAUUUCACCAUUAUUUGCUGCAUCAUCUACUGAUCGUGAAUUAGAAGCAGUCAAUUCUGAAUAUGAGGGAAAUUUAUUUAAAGAUGUACGACGUAUAACUGAAUUAGAAAAAUCCACAUCAGAUUCAGAACAUCCCUAUUCAGAUUUUCCUAGUGGCAAUACAGAAUCAUUAAGAACAACGCAUAAACAACGUGGAAUUGGUAUUCGAGAAGUACUUCUAGAUUUUUAUAAAGCUCAAUAUUCAUUAAAUCGAAUGAGUUUAGCUGUUAUUGGCAAUCAAUCACUUGGUGAACUUCAAUCGCUUGUCAUUAACAGUUUUAAAGAUGUACCAAAUAAAAAAUUACAAAUACCAAAAUAUGCACCUGAUCCAUAUGGUGAAAAGAAUCGAAAAACAAUUUGUUAUGUUGUUCCUGUCAAAGAAAGUCGUCGUUUAAUAAUAAAAUGGGUUAUACCUGAUCAUCAAGAAUUAUAUUAUUGUAAUCCUGAAUCAUAUCUAUCACAUUUGAUUGGACAUGAAGGUGAUGGUUCACUAUUGUCAUAUUUAAAACAAUUGGGUCUUGCUAUUGAAUUGUCAUCUGCUGAUAGAAAUUCUGGACUUGGAUUACCUGGAUUUAAUUUUUUUACUAUUAAUUUGGAAUUAACUAUCGAAGGAUUAAAUCGAUGGGAACAAGUUAUUUAUAUUGUUUAUCAAUAUUUAGCUAUGUUACGUAAAGAAGGACCAAAAGAAUGGAUUUUUAAUGAAUGCAAAAAUUUAAAUGAAAUGCAUUUUCAAUUUCGUGAAAAAGAACGACCGGCUAAAUUUGUUUCAAAUUUAGCUCUUCGAAUAAGGAAUUAUCCUUUAACUGAAUGUCUUUCUGGUGAUUAUGAAAUGCGUGAAUUGUGUCCAGAUUUAAUAAAUGAAGUACUUAAUGAAUAUGUAAUACCAAGUAAAAUGAGAGUAUUUCUUAUAAGUAAAGAAUUUGUAUCAAUAGCAACAGAAAAAGAAAAAUGGUUUGGUACACAAUAUAAAAAAGAAUAUUUACCAGAUGAAUUUAUUAAAAAAUGUGAAACAUGUGAUAUUAUUCCUGAACUUCAUUUACCAAAACCAAAUGAAUUUAUUCCAACAGAUUUUCAUUUAUUUUCAAAAGAAAAACAUUCCAUACGACCACAAUUACCAAUAAAAAUUAAAGAAAAUGAAUUUUAUCGUCUUUAUUAUGUUGAUGAUUCAUUCUAUAAAUUACCUAAAGCUUAUCUUUAUUUUGAAUUUCGAAAUCCAUUGAGAAAUGUUGAUCCAAUACAUUUUAAUAUGAAUACAUUAUAUGUUAAAUUAGUUAAAGAUUCAUUAACUGAAGUUGUUUAUCCAGCACAACUUGGAGGAUUACAAUAUGAAUUAUCUGCUGUUAAACAAGCAUUACAAAAUUUUCGUCGUGAUGCUCCUUAUGUAAUGGCACAAUUUGCUGUAACUUAUUUAACAGCUGAACAUCAAUGGAAUAAAGAUGAAUUAUUUCGUUGUAUUGAUGGUAUUACGAUGAAUAAUGUAGAAUCAUUCAUUCCUCGGAUGUUAAAUCGUUUUUAUACUGAUUCAUUAAUGUAUAGAAAUUUAACAAAACAUCAAGCUCUGGAAUAUAUGACUUUAGUUGAACAAAAAUUUCAAAAAAAAAAACAUUUUUAUCAACCACUUUUUCCUAAUUGUAAUUAUGCAUAUACAAUGCUAAAUGAUGCACAUAAGUUACAUGCCAUUGAAAUUUAUUUACAAUGUUUUCAACAAACAUUUGAAAAUAAUGCUUUACUUGAAUUAUUUUGUUAUUUUGUUGGUGAACCUUGUUUUGAUCAAUUACGAACAAAAGAACAAUUAGGUUAUAGUGUUAGAGCAGAUACACGUCGUUCUCAUGGUGUAGAAGGUUUUAGAAUUAUUGUUCAAUCUGCUCGAGAACUCGAUUAUGUUAAUCAACGUAUUGAAUUAUUUAUUGAUUCGAUUAGAGAAUAUAUAUCAACAAUGCCUGAUGAAUUAUUUAAAAAACAGCAUGAAGGUUAUAUGGUUAAAAAAUUAGAAGUACCAAAAGGGAUGAAAAAUCAAGGAAAGAAGUUUUGGGAUGAAAUAACAAAUCAUCAAUUUUCUCAACUUGAAGCUGAAAUAACACAAACAUUAGAACGUAAUGAUUUACUUCGUUUUUAUGAUCAUUAUAUAUCACUACAUUCAAUUUAUCGACGUAAAUUAGCACUUCAAAAACCUAUUGAUGAAAAAAAAUACUAA